UCACGUUAAAAAAGUUUCCACGUGAAAUAUUUUACAUAUUUUUAUAUUUUCUCGAAGUGCGAAGCGAAGUAUUUGAGAUUUUGUGCUCAAGUCAAAUAUUUAGACCAAAACGUUUUCAAAAGCCAAACAUUUUUUUAAUUCACUAGAUUGAUCAGUAACCAAGUAAUAAGCAACAGUGUAGUUAUGUUUCUUGUAUGGCUUUAUGUUUGUUGCUAGUCGCGGAGUAGACCUAGAUCUUAUCGCCCCUGGGAAUUCCAUUAGUAUUUCCAGUUAGCAGCUGCUACGUUAGACUGCGCAGUGCAUAGCUCACGGUUGAGUGAACUCCGUGAGUAGAUUGCCUUUAACACUCACUGGAUGGAGUGGAUUGAUGGAUUACCACGUUCUUGCUAAUGUUUGAUUAAAGGAUGGCCACACAGCGGAAGGGCUUCGGCUAGAACAUCCAAGUGACCCACACAUGACCCUCAGAUGACUCUCAGAUGACCCUCAGAUGACCCUCAGAUGACCCCCACAUGACCCCUACAUGACUCAUCCCUAGGACGACCCUAUGACCCCGAGCUGUGCGCGUGUGAGACUAUGGGUCCCGCCACUACCCACAAUGCAGCGCGACAAACUCCAGUUUGGGUUCUACGUACUGGCGGUACUCUCGGCCGCCAUUGUCUUCCUGCUGGUGUACGGGUUUCCUGUGAGCCCCGCCCUACCCGGCUCUAUCCCGGACUCGAACCCCCGACCUUGGAACGCCGGACGCCCGGGGCUGGUGGAGCGACUCAUGACCUACCUGCAGCGUGAGGACAGCCCACAGGACGUCCUGAAGGACCAGCUCUCCAAUGAAAUUCCGGCCGGACCGGAAAGAAACAGCAGCGGCCGGCGUAUACACGGCAGUGUGCCGGUUGCGUGCCGGACUAACGACGUCUCGGAAGUUCUAGCCAUGCAGCCGAUCAAGUUUCUGCCGGAGUACAAGAACCCGUGUUGGCGGGAAGAGGUGGUCCAGCCGGCAGACGACAUGUACCACGGCAACCUGUUCGCCAACUACUCCUACAGAUAUGAGAAGAUCUUUAGGACGUUCAGACAACAGUGGGCUAAACGACUUGACCGGUUCCGGCUGAGGUGUUUGCCGUAUUUCUUCAUUGCCGGCAUGCCCAAGUGCGGCAGUACUGACCUGUAUCACCGGCUGAUUGCACACCCGGAUGUAGCAGCGCCACCUGUCAAGGAAUCCCAUUGGUGGGGCAAAAAUCGUUAUGGCUGGUGCUUGAACUACACGUCACACAUUCCAUUCUCUGACUACGUCGAUCUGUUCGAUGGGGCAGCCAUGCAGAUAGCAGACUCAAAUCCCGAAGGUCAUGACCUCAACACAUUCCACACAAAAAUUACCGGUGACGCCAGUGUCUCUACCCUGUGGGCCAACGAGGACUGGUGGAAGAACCCCGAGAACUGCGGGCUGCUGGAGCCCCGCUUCACCAACGCCCACUACCUGCAUCACGUGAUACCCCAGGCUCGGGUCAUUGUCCUGCUGAGAAACCCUACGGACAGGCUGUAUUCUGACUUCCUGUUUUUCCACCAACUGGAGAAAUCUCCCCAAGAUUUCCACCGGGACGUCGAGUCGAGCAUCCAUCAGCUGACACAGUGCAUGCAGGAGAUGGGGGUUCGAAACUGUAUCUACAACUCGUCGCUCUCAUCUAACUCUAGGGUCCGACUACGACUGGGACUGUACCACGUGUACCUGCAGGAAUGGCUGACCCAGUUCCCCAGAAAUCAGGUCACCGUCAUCAGACUGGAGGACUACGCCGCGCGACCACUACUCACCAUCAAGCACGUGCGCAAGUUCCUGGGCCUUCGUGAGCUGACGGAGCGAGAGGACAAGGUCAUCCUGCGACAACCCAAGGUCAACACCAGACGACUGUCUGACCGGAAGUUGGGCCGGAUGUUGGCCAGCACGCGGGAGCUACUGGACAACUUUUACCGGCCAUACAACGUCAAGCUGGCACUGCUGUUGGAGGAUGAUCGCUUCCUGUGGAAUGACGUGGAGUACAUUUAAAUCUAAAGCUAUCGGAGAAACACGACCACGUGACCUGAGCUAAAAGACUUUCAGGCAAGCCGAUGUGAGAGAGUUAAAAGACCUAAAGACCUUGAGUCUAUGCCAGCAGUUGAAGGUCAAAGGCAUAGAUCAGCUAUACGACCUCUAGCUUUGUGGUUAGAUCUAAAGACCAUACUGGUAGAUCUGCUGAAAGACCUUAAAGGUCAUGUGACCUGAGGAACUAAUUGACCUAAAGACCUUGUGACAACUGUUUGACUCAAAAAAUUAAAGUCUUGAUUCUAUGGAUACAAUCCACGGAGCGGUUACCUGUAUGGAUACAAUCCACGGAGCGGUCACCUGUAUGGAUACAAUCCACGGAGCGGUCACCUGUAUGGAUACAAUCCACGGAGCGGUCACCUGUAUGGAUACAAUCCACGGAGCGGUCACCUGUAUGGAUACAAUCCACCUGUGCCAAUAUGUCAGGUACACAGCAGGUACAUCAAAAUGGCGGGAACUAAUCUUUUGAUGACUCACCUGGUGUAGGUAGAGGCAGGUAGUGGCAGGUAGGUGAUCUGUGAAAGUGGGACCUCGGUGUUAUGAAAGAAGAUAAAAAGGUGUAAAAAAAAAUUCCGGAUUUCAUCCAGUGUGUUCUGGGAAAAAUUCCAAGUUAUAACCUCCAAACAAGCUUGCUGACAACAGUCACGUGAUUACUCAGGUACGGAGCGGAAGUUGAAUGACGUCAGCACCGGACGACUUGCUCAAAUAAAAGGACAAUGUAAUGAAUCUCAGAUAAAAAAAGACAAUGUAAUGAAUCUCAGACUAAAGCAUCACAGUCGGGAGUCGUCAAGACAGAAAAAAAAAACAUUCUAAAUCUGUUAUGGAGGCAAAACGAUAAUUUGAUCGACAUGUUCAUUCAUUCUUCGUGGUCAAAGUAGUACAGACUACACUAUGUUGGUACACACAGACUCUACAGACUGUGUUGGUACACACAGACUACACUAUGUUGGUCCACACACACUACACACUGUGUUGGUACACACAGACUACACACUGUGUUGGUCCACACACACUACACACUGUGUUGGUACACACAGACUACACACUGUGCUGCUACACACAUACUACACACUGUGUUAGUACACACAGAUUACACACUGUGUUAGUACAUACAGAUUACACUGUGUUGGUUAACACAGACACUAGAACUACAACUAGAUAUAUUUACCUGUUGACCUACAAACUGUGUUGUACCUUGUUUCCAUUUGCUCAACUACACAUCAUCUCUUUCAGCUGCAUGUGUCGUCUGGUCCCGCUGUGUAUAGCCGGUGUGUAAGAUGCUCCGUUGUGUAAGAUGUCCCCCAUGUGUAGUGCCGGUGUGUAAGAUGCCCACGGUGUGUAAGAUGCCCCGCUGUGUAAGAUGCCCCCCCUGUGUAAGAUGCCCCCCCUGUGUAAGAUGCCCCGCUGUGUAAGAUGCCCCGCUGUGUGUAGCCGGUGUGUAAG